GUGACUCACACUGAGGCGCUCGUUUUGUUUAAAUUUUCGUAAAUAACCGAGGAUUUCUCUGUGCAAUACGAUUGGCUUUUCAUUUUUUGUAUUCUGGAAGAUUUAUUCUUGACAAAAAAUGCGGUUCUUCAUUGUAGAUCAUCGCCAUUUUCUGCCCAAAGAUUGCCGCCUCAUCACCAUUUGUCAAGUUCUUAAGGAAACUGCCAUCUUGGGUCGAGCAAGUUCAUGGGCGCAUUUUGGUAUCUCCACUGUAGGAGAAAAUAUGUACACAGAUGUUUUGUUCUUGCAAGACAUGAAGCACAUGUCUCUUUUUGUAUUCAACAAAGCUUUUGAUGAUCUUUCCAAAAUCAUUUGCAACAAUAAUGCUGUGUUUGGAGCAAAUUUGGCGGAAAAGAAGCAAAAGUUACUGAGCAACAUUACUUUUGCUCUGCAAAGUGCUAUGGAACAGUUUAAAGAGGUGAAAGGAACAAAACAAAAAAAAUUAUUGGUGACCAUAAUAACUGUAAAAUGGGGAGGAAAUGUCGAACGUGAAGUUGCGGAUUUUUUUUGUUCGAACGAAGAUGCGACAAGCAACCAGAUUCAGAUCAUAGAGAUUACCAGCGACAACUCAUUGAAAGAUGUUAUGUUUAAGGAUAAAAUUCGGAUUUUUUCGCUACCAACUAAAGGUCUUGAUAUUAGCUUUCAAGCAAUUUGUAAAGCUAAAACGAGAUCUUCUAAUCUAACGAUAAGUUUUCCAAAUAGCGAUCUCAGUAUCAUCGCAAAAGUUGACUUGUUGAUUGAUUUUCGUAGUUCCCGAAGAGAGCAGACACAGAUACCCCAGAAUUUAACCAUCAUUUCAUAUGCUUACUUACUGGAUAUGUGGCAAAUUCGCACACAGGGUCAAUGUCUUCUGCUGUCUUGUAGUGAUGUAGACACUCCAAACUAUCAUCGAUGGGAAGCUCUAAGCAAAUUAGCACAAAACAACGGAACUAUUUUGAUGGCAACAGAACACAACACAUUGUCCAACUACGUUCUUAUUCCUUGCAGCAAUCGCCGGAUUUUAAUGCAACCGAUGGCUUGUAGCGAAUUGCUGUUGCCAACCACCAAUUCGAAGACGUCGGAGCUAAUCUCGAAGGACUUUGAAGCUGUAACACAAAAUUGCGAAUUGAUUGAUAGAUAUGGCUUUGGCCCUAAAUCAAACUUAAUCAGUCACCUGAUGAACGAAUGGAAAAGGCAAAUGCCCUACCACUCUGCUGAUUCGACAAACCCUAAACAAAGGAAACAGAAAGCACCCACCAAGAAACCCUUAAAUCAACCACAACUUAAGAAAAUUGCUUCUCUUGCUCAUCCAGCUCUUGGAAUGUAUCAAAAAUAAUAAAA